GAACAAAUGGGAAAAAAGAGACAAACAGCAUGAGGUAGAAAAAGAGAGUGAAAGAGAGAAGAAAAGGAAACAAGACGAUCGUGUUCUAAGCAAAUUGUCCGCAAAGGGAGCGAGUAUUUUACGUACACGUCUCGCGCGAGUGCGUAGCGUUUCGAAUUUUGUGUUGCAGUUUAAUUAUUCAUAAGAAGAAUAAAAAAGUUAAUUGUGGUUAUUGUUUCUGCAAGAAAAUUAUCUUUGAAUCGUCUCAUUUCACUUGGACUAGCUUGACUCUGUCAUUGUUAACUCGAGGCUUAAUUUCACUUAACUCAAAGUCAUUAUCGAUUCUGAUAUCGAUCAGUGUCUCCUCUUUUUGACUUGCGCAGCUGAUAUGUACAAUACACAUAGUACAUACAGCAUCUCAUAAAACAACUUGAAGAAAUAACAUCCUAGAGAUUCACGAGCAUACAUGUAGCAAAACCUUGAUUGACGCCGUUUGUCCGGUUGAGUCACGCCAUUGCAACUCGUCGGUUAUGUUACUGAAGUGAACAUAGCCGAAGUAAACGUUGAACGCGCGUGUCAAAAAUCAAAAGCAAGAUGCGAACAAGAAUGCCUAUCCUGCGGAAUCAAUGAGCGCGCAUCGAUCGUGUGUCGCAUUUUCGUUAAUCAUCAACACAAAUUUGUCAGUAAACUCAAUGGUGUGUCAGAAAUACCGCGCGGGAUUCGACAAGAACGCGUAUCAAAGCUAAUUGUUUAAAAGUCGCCGCGAGACUUCAAACGUGAAAACUCGAAUCGCCUGAACUAGUUCUCGAAAGAAGCUUCGCUGCCGCGGACUGUGUCUCGCCGGUUGUAAUAUUUUUAGACGUAUACGUGCGCGUCGAAUGGCGCGCCACACUGGUUGGUGUGUGACACUCAUCGAGAAGAGAGAAAUUUGAUUUAUAAGAAGAAAACAAAUUCCUGACGUUUGAAUAGGAAUUUUUUUCCGAUAAGAUAACAAACAAGAUAAAAAAGAAGAAAAGGACAUUGAUAACGUGUCUUUUGUUUCCGAGUCGGAAAUUUCAAUUAUUUCAAUUAUUCAAAAGUAAAAUGUUAGAAGGAAUUAAGCGAAGGCACAGUGUAUAAUUAGUGUUACGGUGGACAUACUCGUCGGGGUGCUUUUAUGCAUAUGUAUAUAUAAUACUUUAUCGCUGUACUUUUUGCAUGGCGCCUGAACAAGGUCGCAAGCUGUAAAACGACUGUGAGAUUGAAUAAAUUCUUGUGUAUUGGUGGCUCUCGUGUGAGUGCCUGUUUUGGAAAGAGAAAAACACGGAAGAUGAGACGUUGUUCUUUUUUGCAAAUAUCAGACAUACUACCUGCUGGCCUUUCAGAAACCUUUCUUCAGUAGCGUUGCUACGCCGAUUGACUGAGUUUUUCUGAACGGAAUGUCUUUGGCGUUACGUUAAAGUGACAAAAGUAUAAAUCGGCGCAAAAUGGCGUCCAAUGAGGAUGGUGAUUUGAUCGAUCUAAGAAACGAUGCGUGCGUGCCUCGUGUUAUUAUUGGCGACUCGACAUCCGAAGAACAGGAACAUCUGCUCGAUGUGUGUCCGCCAAAACUCGAACAAACGCUCUCGUUAACCAGGCGACAAGAGCAAGUGUCGAACAGCAACGACAAAGGUAACAUUCUGGUGACACUGGGUCAUGAUCAAGUGAUGCCAAUUCGCAAGCGAAUUGACGUUGUUUCGUCUGACACGAUCAAACGCGUUCGCGACAUUACUCGAAAUCUAGAGCCGGUGAUACCCUAUUCGGAUAUCAACGAGGAAACGCAGCAAAACACGGUAGAUCACGCGACUGCCUCAAGCUGUGAAUUAACUCAGAGGAAGAAUGGAAACGAAAACGAAACGUACGAGGCGCAGGAGAUAAGCAAUGCCUUCAAUUUUCUUGCCGAGCACGACGACGAGGACCAGAUGAACACGGGUUUUGAUCACGCGAGAAAUAACAACAUUGAUUCGAUAUCUUUUGUGCGUUCCUCCAUCGAGGAGAACGAGAAGGAAGACAUGGCCAAUUACUUAUCCGAGUCGUCCAAGUCUUUGAACGGGGAAACGAUCGACAGAAACGACGAGGAAAAGAAGAACAACUUGAAUGUUAUAUCCAAUGACGUAUAUUUGGACAAUCCGGCUUUCGAGUUCUCGCCGAACUCAUUCUGCGAGGACAGCCCGAUAACAAGCAGAUCCAUUUCCGUCGACUUGGAGUCGCACGCGAGAAUUGUGUUUAAGAGAAGCGGUCGGAGUAACGUCGCCUUCGAACGCAAAAACAAAAGACGUUCCCUCCAACAUUCUGAUUGUAAAUCAUGGACGGAAAGAACGAGCUUAAACUUGAAUCUCAAAGACGGACUUCCUGGUAUCGAUAGAUACAGUAGUCUCAUGGAAUAUCGCGGUACAUCAUCCACUUCCGACGUCAAAUGCGGAGCAGUUAGUUUUCUUAUGAGGCAGCCGGCGGAAACGGAUCAGGCAACGUCGGGCAACAUCGAGGACGGUUGCUCCGAAAGUUCUGAAGUGGAUUGGUCGUGGGUCGAGGAAGUGGAGUGUCCGCGAGCCUCGGAGUCACUCGUAGCCAACGGCGGUGAACGUGCGGAACGCGAAGAAGAAAGGAGUGCUUCCCCCACUGAUGAGAACACGGGGCGCAAGCGCGACUGCGAACAUCGCGAAACAGUGGUGAGCCGCAGUGUCGCGAUGUCCGUCACUGCGACGGCAAAGUCUCUAGUUGAUGUUUCGCUGUGUUCACCUCUCGGCAACGCGCUUCUCGACAAUCAAAACUACAGCAACAGUUGCCGUCAACAUCGCCGACUACGUAAUGAUAACAGCAACAAUAACGAUGACAACGAUGACGAGGAAACCAUCACGCGCUGCAACGCCACCAACGAGACCGUCGAUCGCGAAAAUCGCGAUCACGGUACGGCGGUCACGACGACAACAGCUACAAUUAUCACCAGUUCUGUUACGGCAAAUUCGUGGAUGCGCGCGUCUAUGCGGCGUCUACGUCACUUGCGGCUACCUGAUGGCACGCAACGCGAUGGCAGUAACGACACAACGAAUAAUAAUCGACGAACCGCGCCCGUCUCGGCACCGAAUUCCCUGCCAGACAUCGCAUUAAUUGCACCCGAGGUUCUUGCAGCGCAGACCAACAGCAGCGGCACUUCCGGGCCACUGCUGCGACCUUCAAGCGCACCCGCCAGGAACACGGUUAUUACCAUUAGUGCGGGUACAACGACGCCGCGUCGAACCGGCCGGCAGCUGGCCGGUAGGUUAAGAGGCGCGCGAAAUCAAGAAGCAUCUUCAAGGCAAGGCAGUCUCGGCUCCACGACUACAGUGAGUGAUAUCACUGCGUCCGGCACUACCACCUGCUCCAGCUCGUUUGACGGUGGUUCAAUUAGUCCAACAUUCAGCACGACGAUCAGUCCGCGACGUGCUGCAUCGAGGAGAACAUGCGAAAGGCAAAGAGACGUUGGUAGGCACAACAACAGGAACGAGGAUGACGACGAGGACGAUAAUCCUCUGGGAAAGUGGCCGCACGCUCUCAGCUCGAGCUUCGCGUGUCUCGGGUGUACCCUGGGACUCUUCAACAUCAGUAGAUUUGCUAUUCUUAGUAUACAGUUUGGAGCAAAUUUUAUCGUACAGUUUCUGAUGUUGUCUGUCAUACUGGGCAUCCCGUUAUUAACGUUGCAAGUAUGCCUUGGACAAAGACUAGCCGCGGGCUCUGUAGAUAUGUGGAGAAUAUCGCCUCUCUUUCAAGGUGUCGGGAUAACUCUACUCACCGCACAGGCUUUCAUCGGCAUCUAUAGUAUAGUCGGUGUUUCGUGGAUGUUUGUAUAUUUCAGAGAUUCAUUCAUAACGAAGCAGGAUAAGUAUCGAUGGGCGGAGCCAUUUCUUCUAUAUCGAGACGACAAUCGUCCCACGCACAACUCUACCACUUUUUACAAAUUGCACGAAACUGUUCCGGAUUACUUCAACGGUGCUGUACUACAAAGACAUCAUUUAAACGAGACCGAUCCGAGUGUUAUUACGUUGAAGUUUCAAGUGGCCUUCAAUCUAGCCGUUGUCUGGAUGAUCGUCUUUGUUUCACUUAGUAAAGGGCUAAGAUCUUAUGGAAAGGUUGUGUACGUUUUUACAUUGGUGCCUGUAUUCGGCAUGUUAGUCCUCUGUACAAAACUGCUCUGGCUCACCCCGUCGGAUUCGAUAAACCAACUUUUCCCCGCCACUGUCUGGGGCGAAUUCUUCAUAAACGGGAAUUCAUGGGUAGCCGCCUCAAAUGAAGUGUUCCUCACAUGGGGCUUGCUCGGUGCGGCCGUUAUGCAGAUAGCGGCUCAUAACAAGCACAAACAUCUUCUGCAACGAGACACUUGUCUCGUGGUGAUUCUAACAUUCGUGGUUCUCGUUCUCGCAGCCUUCUUAGCGAACACUUGCGUACAGAUCCUCAGGCAUCAUGGUUACAUCUACACUAUUAGUUCGUUCGAGAGAAUAUCAGGAUAUACAUUCAUGAGACUUGCCAACCAACCAGUACCGGGCAGCUAUAGUACACCGGAGAGAUUCAUGUCCCACGCGUCGUUCCUCCUCGGCGAGCGUGUAACUCGACCAGGCGUGGACACGAGCACUGAGUCCGGAUACCAGGUGUUACGGCUAGCCACUGAAUUGGUCCCCGCGACGCUGGCAUUGUUGGGUACCGAACAGGUGUCUCCGUUUUGGGCAGUCCUGUUUUAUUUCAUUCUCAUCUUAUUUGGGAUUGCGCAGCAGUUGGCGAUCUGGCAUUGUGUUAUAACCGGUAUAAUGGCGAUCAAUACGAAGAUGAUGAAACUCUGGGAAACUACUAUCACGUUUUUUAGCUGUGCUUGUGCCUACAUAUUCGGACUGCCGAUGGCUACAGAAUUAGGAAUUUAUGUUGUAUACUAUUUGGACUACACUAUUGGAGGUGUAUGGUGGAUAAUCGUCCUGUAUCUCGUGCAAAUUGGCGCUGUGUUUGCGGUCCGCGGACGUCCGCACACCGGUGAAGCGGUCGUCGCCGAAUUGUUCCCACCGACCGGUCGGUAUCUCAGAUACUGGGCUGCUCCUCUGUUAUCAUUCAUUUGGAACGUCGUUCUCCCAGUCACUUUAUUUGUUCUCAGUAUCAUAAUAUUCAAGGGCAGUGGCUUUCGAGAGCUAUAUUCUUAUCGUCGCACAAGCAAAGAUUAUUGGGCUGUGUGGGCGAGGCAACUUGGAGCGGCGAUUCAGCUGAUACCGAUUCUUAUGAUACCGGCAGUGGCUAUCGUACAGACAUGUCGAUACUUGAACAACGGACCGCCCGAUAUAUUCGACAAUGAACAGAUGGAAGUAACAGUUAAUCACUGCGAACAGUGUAACGGCAGAAUUCAGUUGCUUUAUCGGCCUCCGCUAGAGCCGGAUGAUUCUCGGGAUGCGCAGACUCAAAUCGGUAACGACAUCAACGCCAGCUUGCACGGCAACGGAAUCCUUCCCACCGCGACUACGGAAAUACCGUUCGAAGAUCCGCCGCCGAAGUACACUCCACCACCGAGCUAUACCACGGCAACCGGUGUGAGAAUUGCGAAGAUGUUGCGGCAGAGCUUCCGACGUAGUGUGCGGAGGAUCGCGAACGUGUUGGGAGAGAGUAGCGCGCCACGACCGAGACCGGCGUUACAGCCGCCGCCGCCAGAUUACGCAACAGUGCUAGUAGAGAUGAACCAAAGUGGCGGUGUGUCGCGCGAUCAUGUCGCUAUUCACGUGUCGCCGGCCGAGUCGCGGCCGGACGUGACAAACACCGGUAGCAAUAGACAGAGAUCAGCGGACAUAUCGGCCGAGCGUCGACAUCAUCGUCCAAAUACUAUUGAUCGCACUAGCAGGAUCGGCAUUGAGGAAAGAUCGCGCGCAAUCGAGCGCACAUACUCGACCCUCGAUCGUAGUCGUCGAUUGUACGCAAACACUGCGAAUCUGACGGCCGCUGACGUGGCGAAUUUGCUUCGCAGCAGUAUACGCAGAGGCACUGUGAGAACACAGCAAUCUCUGUGCCAGAGCUUCUGCCACGAGGAAUCGACCACAGCGGCGUCCGUCGAGAAUCUAGUCGAAGCCGCUGCGCCCAUCGGCGAAGACUCCCUGAUCCUGUCGAAGGACGCGUCUCUAGUCUCCGGCAAACAGGUCAACGACCGUCACCCUUUUGACGGCGACGACGACAAGAACGGCGAUGAGAAGAAGACUGCAAGCGAAAUGGAGAGUUCCGUUUCUGUGAUAUAGAUUGCAUAUACCUGGCAUUUUGCGGUCAUCAGCUACAACUUCGGUCUAAUGAUUUUGCUAUUCUAAACUUAUGUAAUUUUAAUUAUUAGAUUAUGUUUUCGAGAAAACAAUUUUUGCUCCCGAAAAAAGUUUUUGUUGCCCGGAGUUGCACCUAAUUGCGAUGUCAUUGCAAUUUGCUCAACAAUGCUCCAAAACGCUUGGAUCUUUUCAACAUUGGGACAUUAAUUGGUUCUACUAUGAGCCUGAGUAAUUGCGCUUAUUACUAUAUUAGUACACUUGUGUUCUUUCGCGUGGUUUUAAUAUUUAUUUUUUACAAUAUAUAUUCCCGAGAAAAAAUUGAUUAGAUCUAAUUUAAAUCUAACGAGAUA